UAACCCCCCCUGCCACAGAGGACGACGAGGAGGGGAGGCCGGCGGUCUUGCUGCUGGAGACAGAGCCGGUGUGACCCUGAGGCUUGGGCUGGGAGGAGCUCAGCUCCCGUUCCAACUCCGGCGUGAUGAAGGGGGCGAUGCCCAUGCCAAUACCCAGCUGUCUGCGGUUCAUCUCGGCCAGCACCGGCGCGGGGAAGAUCAUCGGGCUGCUCAUGGGGGCGGUCCUGGCUGUCAGGCCCGCUGGCAUGCCCGCCAGUAGCCCAUGGGGAAUCCCUGCAAUGCUCUGAGUCACUAAGUUCGGAGGGAUUGCCGCUCCUAUCAUCGGUCUCCGGCUUCCACUUGGACUCUGGCGGUUCACCUCUUGGGGCGGUUGGCCGUCACGGUGCAGCCCGUUGGGCGGCACUCGAGCAGCGGACACGGUACUCUCUCCGCGGCCUCCCCUCUCAAAGCGUUCGCUGUGCGGCCUGCCGCCUUCUGUGGCUGCCUCUCCCCGGCCUGACGAGGCGUGCUUGUUGGGAGAGGGACCAGGCGACCUCACGUUGCCGUCCUGCAUCCCGUGCGUCCGUUUGAGCUGCCUGGCGCUAGCUAUGAGGAACUCUAUCUGAUUAGCGCCCUCGUAGUUGACACAGCCGCGACAUACCACCUCGCUAAAGUCCCACACCACAGUCCAGGGCAUCUUGGGCAGGUCGCACAAGUAGCACCACUGGCGCCUGGAGGAGGAAGAGGGCGACGACAUGAUGGACGACUAGCCAGCUGGCUGGCUAGCUUGCUAGCUAGCUAGCUAGCACGUUAGCUAUCUUAACCUAUUAUCUUAAACAAGUGUAGAAUCACUAUUUGCUGGCGACUUUCUCAUUUAACUACCUUCAGUCUGUUUUGUAAAAACAAUAAACAUAUUCCUGAUACCGACUGGGACAAAAGUUUCGAGAUUUGAACGAUUAUUUCUGGUUUGUUUACCCUCAUCGGCCUGCUCUUCACGGCUGUCAACCGCUCUCGAGACGAACGCUGGGGCAUUACGUAACGUAGCGAGGUGCAGUGUGGGCAAUGGAUUUUCUUUAACUGGACUCAACCUCGUAAGCCAACACGUAGUAUUCUCUUGUCGGACUACAAACAUGGCUGACAGGAUGUGAUGCAACCAAAGGUUGUAGGUGAUUCUAGUGUGCACACAUGUGUCCGCUAAAACCACGCUUCUGAGCUUAAAAGUGAACAAUUACAACACAUGGCGAUUGUUUCACUACAAAAAAACAUGCGUAGAGAUGUGUCGCCCUCAUCGAGCGAAGGUGAAGCGGACAAGUCGACGGAAGAAUUAUCGUUAAAGCAAAAGGAACCUGAGAAGAGGACCAGCAGGUACAAAUGUCCUGAUGACUUUGUGGCAUUCAGACACAAACCUUGCAGCAGCAUGCUGACAGACAGCCUGAAGAACACCAACAGUGAACUGUGGCUCAUUAAAGCUCCUACCACCUUUAACCCAGAAUGCUUGCAAGGUGUCCAUGUGAGCCUUUCAGGCCUUCAGACACUGAAGCUUCCUUCUGCUGUGGACGGAGGAGAGAGUAUGGGCCAACAGAUUUACAACAUCCUCGGCUCCACACACGGCACCUCAGAGCUCCGCCUCCUCACCGAUGACACAACCUCAUCACGAUCAACGGUGAUGGGUCCAGCUUUCGCCGGCCUAUUGAGCGUGAGCGAGAGCUACGGCGGCACUAGGCAGCCCCCGCAAAUCAUCCCCGCCACCCCCGUGCCCGCCAUCCCGCCUGGCCUCAAACAGCGGUUCCACCCCUUUGGCAGCAAGACACCCACUCAGGGAGGGGAGAGCGAGGCAGACGGCACACCCCUUCUAGAAUUCACACAAGUCAGUGAAGAGGAGGGGAGGAAGAGGAAGAAAAGGAAGAUGAAGAAAGAAAAGCACGUAAAUACGGAGCAAGAGGAUGAGGAGGUGACAGUCAAACAGGAAGGGAAAGCAGACAGCCUUUUUCUGGAAGCAGGACUUCCUGAGGAGAAAAGGAGAAAGAAAAGGAAGAAGGUUAGAGACAAGGAAGAGGAGUCUCCUCCUACUGCCGUGGUGAUGGUCAAACAGGAAAUGAGAGAAGGCAUCAUCUUCCAGGAAGGAGGGGCUUAUGAUGAAAAGAGAGCAGACAGAGAGGAGGAAGAGGAGGCAUUGCCUGCCGCCGCGGUGAUGGUCAAACAGGAAGUGGGAGCAGACAUCCUUUCCCAGGAAAGAGAAGCCUCUGAGGAAAAGAGGAGGAAGAAGAGAAAGAAAGACAGAGAGGCGGAAGAGGAGGAGUCACCUGCUGCCACAGUGAUGAUCGAACACAAAGUGAAAAGUGAACAAGUGGACACUUUGUACGACCAGCAAGAUGACUGCUCAGCAAAAAAGAAGAAAAAGAAGAAAAGCAAACGUGGUGACGACUAGUCGGACGUUCACGUGAAGUCACUCACGACUGAUGAACUUUUAUUGUGGAACAGUCGGGUAGUUCUCACCUGUGCCUCUCAGGUGGACUUGAUCGUCCGAUGGUUUGAUGAUGCGGGAUCAUCACGUCAGCAUUCAGCAAGAAGACGGGUGAUGAUGGAAAGAUGGAGAUGAACACAUGUUGGACAAUGGCAACAUUGUAAUAAAAACAUGUUGGUGUCUUUUUUUGUGUGUCUUUUAGAGCUUUGACUCUUUAUUUGAACCACAGGUGCAUCUCAAUAAAUGUGAGUAUAGUGCAGAAGUUGAGUUCAGGAGUUUAGUUCAGACUAAGAACCAAAGUCUAGACCAGUAGUUUGCAAUACAGAAUCAAACUUUUUGAUUAUUUUUCAAAUGUCAUGAAGUACUGUUUUUUUUAUGUUUUAAAUCCAGGUUAAGAACGUCAUUCUUGAAAUAUAUAUGAAAUAUACGUGUGAAGUGAAUUUAUAUAAUAUAAAAACAUCACUUGUAGUUUCACGAAAUGAACUACUGGGGGAAAAAAAACGUUUCCAAAAUGAUCCAAGGAAGUUGGCAAAAAAAGUGACAGUAGUAGUUCCUGGUGAUGUGAUGUCUACAGUGCUUUGUUUUUAACUUCAGCAUGUUGUAGCUAACUGUGGCUGUGUUUCAAUUCCCGCACUUCCGUACUUCAAAACACUUGAAUAAGUAAA